GUCCAAGACAAACCAGCCGGUGCGAUCGUGGCGCUGGUGGAGUGGAGCAGCGAGAGCCGCAUGUAAAUGAACCUCUCUGCUGCUUUCACCUGAGGAUCUUCCGGGGGCUGCAUCGACUGUCCCGCGUUGCCAGUCGGAGAGCCCACUUUUCCAGCAGAUCCAGCAGGAAUACAGCGCGGUUAAAGCGGCUCUACUCCCGAGCAAACGCUUCCCGCUAAUCGCUGCCCUUUUGGCGCUGCCGUCUCUCGCCACGGCGCGAGGAGUGUUCUGCCACCCCCUGCUGACCAUGUGGAGUGUAGGCUCCGUGUUCCUGGCCCUCGCCGCCGCCGCCCUCGGCUCCGCGGACCCCGACACACACCGACCACGACACGACUCCAACCUGGAGAUCUACAAGCGGCUCUUUGAGACGAAGAGGAAAGAUCAGCUGAACGCACUGAAGAAUCUGGUGGAGCUGAACGACAUCAACCAGCAGUACAAGAUCAUAGACAUCAUGCUCAAAGGGCUUUUCAAGGUGCUGGAGGACUCGAGACAGAUCCUGGUGGCGUCCAACAUGCGGCCCGAUGACCCCUUCCCCCUGGAUGACAAGAUCAAAGAAGCCUAUUCCCAUGUAGUAGAGAACACUGCAUUCUUCGGUGACGUGGCGCUGCGUUUCCCACGUAUUGUGCACCACUACUACGACCGCAACGCCGACUGGGGUGGGCUGCUGCGCUGGGGGCUGCACUUCUGCAACCAGACGGGGGUUUUCACCGGAGGAUCUCACCAACACGUCCUCACGCUUAUGUCACAGGAGCUGGGAAUCACAGAGAAGACUCCAGACUUUACAAACCCCUAUCGGACAGAGAGGGAUGAUGUUCUUCACACCGCCGAAGCGUUCCAGAAGAUCCUGAGAGAGGAGGAGAAGAGGAGGAGGAAGGAAGAGAAGAGGAAAGAAAUCAGGAAAGGCCCUCGCAUGUCUCGCUCUCGCAAUGAGCUAUAGCGCUACACCUCGGUGCUUGUGGGGAGCAGAGAACAGGAGUCAAAGAAGAGGGAGUGUAUACACAGUCCACUAGGAGUGGCUUGACUUGUAUACUGUGGCGGCAGUGAAGACAACCACACUCGUCAUCACUUGUACAGCAGCCAGGUGCUCGGGGGAAAAACAAGACCCAAACCCUCAGUGUAAGAAAAAAGUAAAACUGAAGAGAAGGUUAGUCAGGUUCUGACAAAGGCUUGAAUCACUGUCCUCAGCAGUCAUUUAUAAUCGGGGAAUCUAAUUUUGAGUAACGGGAGGGGGUGGGCGGAGAAAAGGGAAAACUCGUUUUUGAACAUGUGAAGAUUAUAUAAGUGAAUUUUGGAAUAUUAUUCAUUAGCAGUGGCAUCAACAGGUUACUUCAAACUUUGCGAACCCCCAGUGUAUUGUGUCUGGUCUAGAAUUAAUGUGUAUUAAACCCAUAUGCUUUAAAUAA